AUGGGGACGGGCGCGGCCUGGCGGGCCCAGGCCCAGGCCCAGGCCCAGGCCCAGGCCCAGGCCCAGGCCGGCAGCCCGCGGGGGAGGGCAGAAGCAGCAGCCCUGAGUCAGAAGAACUGCUUAGUGAAGAAUCUGAAGAGGUUUCAGAAGCAGUUAGAAAGAGAAGCAGGAAAGUUUGAGACAACAAAAUGUGCCUUUAUUCUGAAGACCUUCAAAAUGCUUUCAGAGUACCAUUUGUUUGUGGAAGAAUUUUGCAAGAAUCCUGGCAUCACUUGGUUUAUGAAACCAUACAUCCCACUGAAGGCCUGGUUAUACAGUGGAUUUGCUUGCUUUUCUAAUACACAAUUUACUCUGAAUAGCAGAGAUGAUCGCUAUGUUCAUCUCACAAAUGUGGCAGUGCAAAAGACUGCACCUGAUUAUGAUCCUGGGAAGGGCUGCAAGCUGGUGACUGACCAGCUUGGACAGUGCUUGACCGCCAGGUGUGGGGCAGGGUCGGUGGAAGUUCUCUUUGCGGAUAUGGACAACACUUACAUCCACAGCCUCCAGAGUGUUCAGAAGGUGACUAGCAGUGACAAACACUGCUUUGAGCUCUACAGCUAUGACAUCCUGAUCCAUCAGGAUCUGAAACCAUAAGGCUGGCUUCUGGAGGUAAAUGCUUCACCUUCCCUCACUGCCAGUAGCCAGGAAGACUCUGAACUCAAGUGUCAUUUUCUCAAAGACACACUUCAUAUUGUGGACAGGGAGAGCAGGCUGACGGGGAAGGAGAAGCGUGUUGGAGGCUUUGACCUGAUAUGGAAUGACAGGCCUGUCAGCAGAGGGGGAGACCUGGGUGCUCCGGUGAAUGAGAACGUCACGGCAAACACACGUUUAGGCUGCUGCGAUGGCAGGAAGAAACAACUAAAGCAGCUUUUCAGGAAUCUUCCUGCACAGCAGCAAGUGUAAUGCUGAUCCCAAGCUUGGGAUGGGAGAGGUCACCAUGGAUGAAGUUCAUUCUCUCUUCCAUACAUUGGGCAGCAGCAGUUCCCAUUUCUGUCUGGACACUGCUGGCUCAGCACAAGACACUGGCCUUCUUGCUUCUGGUUUCCCGGCUUGGAAGCUGCAAUGGGCUUGAAUAAGAUUAUUUCAUAAUGGCUGACACAAGGCAUGCUGGCUUCUCAGCUGUCCAUCUGCACUCGCACUUAGUUCUGUACCGUGCAUGAAAAUAAAAGGGGCUAAACACAUUCUGCACAGCAAAACAAAGCUUUUAGGGAAGGCAGGCACCCGAUCAUCCUACUGCUACUACUAUGGAAACAUGUCAAGAGCAGAAAACCUGUUGCCAUGAUACUGUAAAAAUAACCUCGCCAUCACAUGUUAUGGAGAGGCUGACUGGCUGUACUACACAGGUUAUGUAAGAGUGCGGCUCCAACACAGGGACUUGGCACUGUGUGCUGCCGCUUGCUUCCAGAAGAGAUGCAAUUUUCUGAAAAAGCUACAGGCGAGAGCGUUCAGGUAAUAAGUCAAUGUUAUUUUUAAUCAUUGUAUCUGGAACUCAAGCCUGAAGUGGACAGCCUCGCUUCUUGCAGUUGUGCAUUUAGGGUAUGUGGUGUUGGCUACAGAAUGUUAAAACUUAGGUCAAGCAAUGGUAGUUAGCUUUUUAGAUUUAAAGAAAUCACACCUCAGUUUUAAGGAGUCUGAAACAGACUAUUUUUGGAACUCUGCAGAAUUUGAUGCGUGUGUGGAACUGGACAAGGCAGCACAGGGCUGCCUGGAGGAGGCACCUCUGGCCUGUUAACCUGGAAGGUGGUCAGGGAGCCAGGAAACUGGUGGAGCUGCGCUUAAAGUUCUGCAUAGCUGUGCAGAAGGGAAGAGAGCAAGGGAUGGGGCCCAGCUCUGUGUUACACAUGCAUGGUUUAACAGAACGGGUGAGCUACCUCGAGAGCUGGAGAAAGAAGGUCAGCUGCCAUGUUUAAAGAUUUAAAUUCUAUCCAGAAAUAUCUUUACAAAAGUUCAAAAAAGAAAGGGCUCAACAGGACCCAGACGCUUUUCUGUAGACAGGAAAAAAAAAAAAAAAAAAAAUCAAACUCACUAUAGUCCAUUACUAAUUCCAAUUAAUUUUUUAAAAUCUUCUUAUGGUUUUAACCAAGUUGUGCUGGGGUAGCAAGUUCAGACUAAAGUGUAGAAGACAAUAAAUUUUAAGACCUUUGAAGAAACUAUUGCUGGUUAAAUCAAUUGUCCUUUUACUACAAGACAGACUCAGUGACUAUCCCUGCUCUGUCCUCUUCAGGUUGCUUUUUUAAAUAUACAUACAUUUUAUCCCUUCA